AACCACGUUUGACAGAUAGCAUUUUCAUAAAGCAGUAUAAAUUUUAACAAAUUGCAAUUUUGUUACAUAUUUGUCAAACAAAUGCAUGAAGUAGUUAAGUGCAUUUAGUUAGUCAAUAGAAUAUUUCAUUAGCAGUUACAAAUUAUGGAAGUUGAAACAGAGGGUUCUGAGUUGAACGACUCAAAAACAUCUGAGAGCCUCCGCUCUCGAUCGCCAUCAGCGUCAUCAGUUAAAUCAGGGUCGAGAUCUCGUUCAAAUUCACCCGAACACAAUGGAAAUGAGUCCAGAAAUUCCAGAUCUAGAUCACGCAGUGGUUCGAGACCAGGCAGCGCCGCCAGCAAUGGUCGCUCGAGGUCGCGUUCGAAGUCUAAAAGCCCCGUAAGAUCAAAAUCUCGUUCCAGAUCCCUGGCAGGCUCGAACAGAGCCUCCAGAUCUCGUUCCCGCUCAAAAUCUGGAUCGAGGAGAGGUUCACGUUCCAGAUCCAGGUCGGGUUCAAACAAAUCCAGAAGGAGCAGAAGCGGUUCCAGGACAUCAAACAGAUCCCGUUCGGGCUCCAAAAAGUCCAGGUCAAGAUCUAGAUCCGGCUCCAGAAGAUCUCGGUCCGGUUCAAGGAGAUCCAGAUCUGGUUCGAGACGAUCUAGGUCGGCGUCGGCCAAAUCCGCAGCCUCGAGAAAAUCCAGAUCAAGGUCACGUUCAAGGCGAUCCCGAUCAGGUUCAGCUCGAUCCGCAGCUUCAAGAAAAUCGAGAUCCAGAUCUGGCUCAAGGCGAUCCCGAUCGGCAUCGGCGCGUUCCAGGUCUGGCUCCCGACGUUCCCGCUCUGGCUCAAGACGGUCGAGGUCGGGCUCGAGACGAUCACGAUCCGGGUCAGCAAAAUCAGUGGGCUCGCGCAAAUCUAGGUCCAGGUCUGGCUCAAGACGUUCAAAAUCCGCUUCACGCUCAAGAUCUAGGUCCGGCUCUAAAAGAUCCAGGUCGGGUUCAAGAAGAUCCAGAUCGGGUUCAAGAAGGUCAAGGUCGGGAUCCAGAAGAUCAAGAUCGGGAUCAAGAAGAUCGAGAUCGGGUUCACGAAGAUCUAGAUCGGGAUCUAGAAGAUCAAGAUCGGGAUCGAGGAGAUCGAGGUCUGGAUCAAAAAUAUCGAGAUCGGGAUCAAGAAGAUCGAAAUCCGGGUCGAGGAGAUCGAGAUCCGGGUCGAGGAGAUCGAGAUCAGGAUCGAGGAGAUCGAGAUCUGGUUCUGCAAGAUCAAGGUCGCGCUCAGGCUCCAGAAGAUCGAGAUCUGGGUCAGCAAGAUCGAGGUCACGUUCAGGCUCCAGAAGAUCAAGAUCGGGAUCCGCAAGGUCAAGGUCCCGCUCAGGCUCGAGGAAAGCUAGGUCACGUUCCCGUUCCGGUUCUGGAGACCGCAGAUCUCGGUCCAGGUCGAGAUCAGGUUCGGCAAAGUCAAGAUCCAGGUCGCGCUCCGGUUCUGGAUCAGAAAUUGGAGUUGGUAGGAAGCGACGCCUUGUAUCAGAUUCUGACGAGGAAGGACCAAGUAACAAAUCAAGAAAAGCUAUUAGUGAUGAUGAAGGUCCUUCUGGAGUGGGUGUUGAGGAAGGAGCUGAAGAAAACCCUGUGGUGCCAGACGUUUCUGAUGAUGACUCAGAUGAGGGAAUUACAGCCAACAAUGUAGAUAAUGACAAUAGUGGAGUCUCAGAUUUUGAUUUGAUGUUAUCCCGUAAAAGAGAAGAACAAUCAAAAAGACGUAAAAGAAAGGAUAUUGAUAUUAUUAAUGAUAAUGAUGAUAUAAUAGCACAAUUAUUAUCAGACAUGAGAAAUGCUGCUGAGGAAGAUAGAAAAUUGAAUCAACAAGCAAAACCUGCCACAAAGAAAAUGGCAAUGCUUAAAAAAGUAAUGUCACAACUAAAGAAACAUGAUUUGCAAUUAGCUUUUAUUGAACAUAAUGUUCUUAAUGUAUUAACUGAUUGGCUUGCCCCUAUGCCUGACAGGUCCAUGCCAUCAUUGCAGGUCAGAGAACAAGUUUUAAAAUUAUUGCAAGAUUUCCCACGAAUUGAUCAUUCUACAUUAAAACAUUCAGGCAUUGGUAAGGCUGUGAUGUACUUGUAUAAACAUCCCAAAGAAACUAAGGAAAAUAGAGAAAGGGCAGGAAGGUUGAUUAGUGAAUGGGCAAGACCUAUAUUUAAUUUGUCCACAGACUUUAAAGCACUUACUAGAGAAGAAAGGCUACACAGAGAUAUGGAAAUGCAGGUACCCAAGAGAAAAAGGACUGAAGAAGAAAAAAGUGCAUUGGAGAAAAAGGAACUUAAUAAGGCCCUUAAUGCCGACGGAAAACCGUUGCGUCCUGGAGAUAAAGGUUGGGUAGCAAGAGCGAGAGUACCAGUUCCCUCAAACAAAGACUAUUUAGUCAGACCAAAGUGGCAAUCAGAAGUUGAUAUUAGUAGGAGUUCAAAGAAGGGAUUGAAUAGAUUUGAAAAACAUUAUAAGAAUUUCUUAGAUACCAAGAGAUUGAAGCAAACUAGAAGGGCAGUUGAAAUAUCAAUUGAAGGAAGAAAUAUGGCAUUGUAGAAUGUGUAUUUCUUUUUAUCAUGUAUUGUACGUUUAAUAUUAACUUUAUAAUUUUAAUAUGGAAAUAUUAGCUUGAAUUAUUAAGUGUACAAUACUUUGUUUUUAUUUAUAUAUUUGUAUGAUGAUUUAAAAAAUUAUUCUUGAUUAAAUAUUACAAGAAGUACUA